GUGUGACAGACUGGAGGGGGAGGGAGGCGGGCGAGUCUCAUAGAUGCAGAGUGGAAGUGCAGCAGUGAGAGAGCGGACUCUCAGGCAUCCAGGAGGUCAGAAGACGCCGUGGCAUCACUGUGACAUCAUGAGCUCCGCUGGACACUCACACAGGGCUACUGCUAGCUCCUCCCACCCACCUGACAUACAGGACAUGGAGCUGAGAGAGGAGUGGCAGGACGACGGCUUCCCCAGACCUCUACCAGAGGACAGCGACGCUCCAGAGGAGACAGAAAGUCCAGCAGGAGGCGCCAGAGAGUCUGCUCCACCCACCAGCCUCGCCCUGUCACUAGGCGUUGGGGGUGGGGCUAAAAAGCGUCUUGUGGCCCCCGCCCUCAGCUUGACCUUGAACCAGCGGGACCCCCAGGAUCCGAGCUCCGACAGCUUCUCGGCUGCCGCGCUCUCCACCGAAACGCCGUCGCUGGACAUCAAUUUGGACGCCCUGGAGACGCCGUCGGGGAGCGAGACGGGAACGCUGCCCGACAGCACACACGACCUGGAGUGGGACGAUGACCUCCCCCGGGCCGGGAAGGGCAGGGUUGUGGGCGUGGCCUGGAGUCCGGCAGAGCCCUCCGAGGGCCUGAUGGAGCUGGAUCAGGUAGACAGUAAGGGGCGGCGCUGGCGGCGGUUCUGCGUCUCUGGACAGGAGUUCCACGUGAACAUGAGCGUGCUGGAGCCGUACCUGCAGGUGCUGUCGCAUGGAGGUUACUAUGGAGACGGGAUGAACGCCAUCAUCCUUUUUACCUCCUGUUACCUGCCAGAGAACACGGUGGAGAACUACGACUAUGUCAUGGAGAACCUGUUCAGAUACAUCGUUGGGACUCUGGACCUGAUGGUGUCCGAGAACUACAUGCUGGUCUACCUGUGCAGCCUGGCUCCCAGAAACAAACUACCUGCCAUCAAGUGGCUCCACCAGUGCUACACCUCCAUUGACAGAAGGUUGAAGAAGGACUUGAAGGGACUCCUGGUCGUCCAUCCGGCCUGGUACAUCAAGGCUCUCAUCACUCUGGUCAAACCCUUCAUCAGCGACAAGUUCAGCAAGAAGAUCAGUUUCAUUCACAGUCUGCAGAAGCUCUCCCAGUUCAUUCCCACCGACAGACUGCAGAUCCCGGACGCUAUCCGACAGUACGAUGAGAAGCUGAACCGAUGACGGACCCUCCAGACUGGUCUCAGGUCUCCAGAAUCCACCAGAGACUCCCCUGAAGACCCUCCGGACCAUGUUCUUGUGCCAUCGGUGCUUCUGAAGUGGUUUUGAUCUGGGUCAGGGUUUGGAUCAGGGCUUCCUGUGAAGAGGAUGUGGUUUUGGGGGCGGCGAUCCGGUUCUGUUCUAUUUCAUGUCCAUGAGUUGUUGUGGAUGUUAACUGUAAAUACACUGAAAAUGUUCUUCUCUCUUUACUGCACAACCAGGUUCUGUUUUGAUGAACCUGGUUCUGGCUGUCGGUCUGGGCUUGUCCUAGAUAUGUUCGUGAGGUCCACCAGGUUCUGGGAAAUGGGUCAGGGAGGACCAGGAUCAGGAUAUGAAGCCUGGAUUAGGAUCUCUCUAGAUCUAAAUAUUGGUCUGGGAAAGCAGUCGGGUCUGGAUCAGGAUAUAGUCAUAAAUCUGGUCUUAGGUCUGGAACCAAAUCCUAAUCCUGUUCUGAACAGAGAUCUGGAUCUUGGUGUGUGAUCUGAGGAGAGUUUGGACCUACACCUUGUGUUUGGAGAUCCAUCAGUCUAAUCUGGGUGUGAUCCAGAUCUGAGUCAGAACUUUGAUUUUGAACUGGUUCUGUCUGUUGCUUGAUUCGGUUCUGGACAUGGAUCCUUCUCUGGAUUCAGUUCAUGUUCUCCUGUUCAUUUAUUAAGAUGUUUUUGCUUUAAACUGGUUCUGCUGCUCCUCACCUUCAGUAUUUUUCUGUUCUCUGAUUUCUUUAGGAAAUCAAAUGAACUCGUGAUUCUUGAUACGGAUCAGGAUCUGUAUCCUGAUGAUGUUUUUGAUGACUCCAGGAUCUGAACCUCCUUUAGGUUUUAAUCUGGAUCGAGUUCCUUGUCCUGAUCCUGCUCAGGAACAUCAGCAGUCUCUGCGCUCCAGACCCUGAAAACUGUUACCAUGGUAACAUUAGCCCUCCAAUCAGGUUCAAGUGGGAGGGGUCAAACUGAGAAGAUGAAAGAAGAGGUUCUGGACUCUGAGGUCUGGAGGAUCAGAGGACGGAUGCAGGCAGAUCCUUCAGAUCAAUCUCCCAUCAAGGACUUGCUCUGACUUCCGGAGCGUGUAUUUUCCUGAGGAACCUGAAGGCAACGCGCUUCAUCCCGAGAACAAGAACCCUGAAUGUGCUGCAGAUGAACAUGGAAAUAAAGAACUUGAAGUCAUAAAGAUCUUUCAGUGUUGUUCUGAUCCAAAGAAAAAAA